AUGCAAUAGAGAAUUGGAGUAGAAGUGCGUUGGGAGAGGUAUUAAGAGUGUGGAGUUUGAGUGGGAAAGAAGUCGAAGAACAGCAGAACUCCAUGGCAGCCAAAGCUGGUCCUCUUGGUUUACCCAAGUCCGGGGCAAUUUCCAAGGGCUACAAUUUUGCUUCUACCUGGGAACAGAAUGCUCCUCUUACGGAGCAACAGCAAGCGGCUAUUGCAACGCUCUGCCAUGCCGUUGCCGAGCGUCCUUUUCCCGUCGAUUUGGCACAAGAUCGUGCAGGUAGUAAAGAAAAUGCCCUGUCUAUUUCGGUCAAGGAUACCACCAACGAAGAUUCUGAUACUAUUGAAGCCGUUUUGGUCAAUACCAAUCAGUUCUACAAAUGGUUUUCUGACCUUGAAUCAGCCAUGAAAUCAGAGACAGAGGAGAAAUAUCACCACUACUUGAAUUCUUUGACAGAUCGCAUACGAACAUGUGACGAUAUACUUCAUCAGGUAGAUGAUACACUGGACUUAUUUGACGAACUGCAAUUGCAACAUCAGGCUGUGGCAACAAAGACUAGAACGCUUCAUGAUGCAUGUGAUAGACUGGUAAUGGAGAAGCAGAGACUAAUUGAGUUUGCUGAAGCACUUCGCAAUAAGCUCAACUAUUUUGAUGAGUUGGAGAAUAUCACCGCCAUCUUUUAUUCACCAAACAUGAGUGUUGGAAAUGAAAACUUUCUUCCCAUGCUGAAAAGGCUUGAUGAUUGCAUAUUAUUUGCAGAGAGUAAUCCCCAAUAUGCAGAGUCCAAUGUUUAUCUGCUAAAAUUUCGACAACUCCAGUCUCGGGCACUUGGUAUGAUCCGGUUUCAUGUUGUUUCUGUUCUCAAAAGUGCUUCUUCUCAGGUUCAGGCAGCUAUGCGGAGUAGUAGCGGCAGUAAUACUGCUGUUUCUGAAGGUGUAGAAGCAUCUUUUAUCUAUGUGCGAUUUGAGGCAGCAGCAGAAGAGCUCAAAACUAUGUUGGAAGAAAUUGAGAGCAGAUCUACUAGAAAAGAAUAUAUAGAGAUCCUUGCAGAAUGCCAUAGAUUGUACUGUGAGCAACGACUUUCCCUGAUAAAAAACAUAGUGCAUCAGCGUAUAUCUGAGUUUGCCAAGAAAGAGGCUCUCCCAUCAUUGACUAGAUCUGGAUGUGCAUAUUUGAUGCAGGUGUGUCAGCUUGAGCACCAACUCUUUGAUCAUUUCUUUCCAUCUUCUUCCGAUAAUGUUUCAAGUUUGGCACCUUUAAUAGAUCCACUGUCUACGUACCUGUAUGAUACAUUGCGUCCUAGACUUGUUCAUGAAACAAGUUUGGAUUUUCUGUGUGAACUAGUAGAUAUUCUUAAAGUUGAAGUUCUGGGAGAACAACUCACUCAACAGGGUGAAUCAUUAGUUGGAUUACGUCCUACACUUCAAAGGAUUUUGGCUGAUGUUCAUGAACGGCUAACAUUUCGUGCUAGGACACACCUUGGUGAUGAGAUUGCAAAUUAUUUUCCUUCCGAUGAAGACUUGCAGUAUCCAGAAAAGCUUGAGAAAACUUCUGGGGAAAUGUCAGAAAGUACUUCCGCUGGCAUGAAUCAAGGCACACCUAACACUUGGUACCCUCCUCUAGAGAAAACACUAUCAUACCUUUCAAAGUUGUAUCGUUGCCUAGAACCAGUUGUGUUCACUGGUUUAGCCCAGGAAGCUGUGGAAGUUUGUUCUACAUCUAUCCAAAAAGCAAGUAAACUUAUUGCAAAAAGAUCUUCACCUAUGGAUGGGCAACUUUUCUUGAUAAAGCACUUCCUUAUUUUAAGAGAGCAGAUUGCUAGUUUUGACAUAGAGUUUUCAGCAACUCACAAGGAACUUGAUUUCUCUCAUGUCCUG